CGCUGUGACGUCAGCGGUGCGCUGCUUUUGGAGGGCUUGUGAGAGGAAGCAGAGCAGCACUGCACACAUAGCGGGCCGAGCGCGCGCACGAACGUCAGCUCAACUCAUCUCAUCUCCGGCGUUCAGCUACACGAUAUUUGAUCGUAACAAGAUGCCCCUGGGUGAAGAUGGACACUCGUGGAAGAAAAAGACAUCUGACAUCAAGGAGAUCUACGACUUCAAGGAGGUUUUGGGGACUGGUGCGUUCUCCGAGGUUGUCCUAGCCGAGGAAAAGCGAACGAGGAGGUUGGUGGCGAUAAAGUGUAUUCCAAAGAAAGCACUGGAAGGGAAAGAGAACAGCAUUGAGAAUGAAAUCGCCGUUCUUCACAAGAUUAAACAUGCCAACAUUGUUUCUCUGGAGGACAUCUAUGAGAACAAAUCGCAUCUCUACCUCGUCAUGCAGCUGGUGUCUGGCGGCGAGCUCUUUGACAGGAUUGUGGAAAAAGGGUUUUACACGGAGAAAGACGCAAGCAAACUCAUCCAGCAGAUCCUAGACGCCGUGAAGUAUCUGCACGACAUGGGCAUAGUGCACCGGGACCUGAAGCCAGAGAACCUGCUAUAUUACAGCAUGGACGAGGACUCGAAGAUCAUGAUCAGUGAUUUUGGCUUGUCAAAGAUCGAGGGCUCGGGUAGCGUGAUGAGCACGGCAUGUGGAACUCCUGGAUACGUAGCUCCGGAGGUUUUGGCCCAGAAGCCGUACAGUAAAGCAGUGGACUGCUGGUCCAUCGGUGUCAUCGCGUACAUACUUUUGUGUGGCUAUCCGCCAUUUUACGACGAGAACGAUGCCAAGCUGUUUGAACAGAUCCUGAAGGCAGAAUACGAGUUUGACUCGCCAUACUGGGAUGACAUCUCUGAUUCAGCUAAGGAUUUCAUCGUACAUCUGAUGGAGAGAGACCCGAAUCUGCGCUACACGUGUGAACAAGCACUGCAGCAUCCAUGGAUUGCCGGUGAUACGGCGCUGGACAAGAACAUCCACGAGUCUGUGAGCGCUCAGAUCAAGAAGAACUUCGCCAAGAGCAAAUGGAAGCAAGCGUUUAAUGCCACAGCGGUGGUCCGGCACAUGCGUCGCCUCCAGCUGGGCACCAGUCAAGAGGGACAGAGUCAGCUUUCACCCCACAGCCCCUGCAGCGAGCGCCUCCUGCUGCCCGAGGGAACUGAGGAGGAAGAGGACGAGCAAAGCACCUCUCAGAGGGACAAUAACGGCUGCUCCGAAAGUGCUGGCGAGGGGGCGGGGCACGACGGGAUCCAGAACUGCACCUUCUGCGUCCACCCCACCAGCCGAGUCUGAGCCUGUUAAUCAUCCUGCUGCAACCAAUGACUUGACUGUCCCGUGUUUCUACUGGAGUCCUGCCACACCCCCAGUCUGGCCAGGAAUACUGAGUAACUCCAGCGCUUGGCCACUAGGUGGCACUGCAGUGUAAAGAAUUCCAGGUGGGAAAGGGGGUCGCUAUGCCAACAGAGGGAUUCUGUUUACAGAGAGGUGAGCUAUGAGAGAAGAAGGAGAGAGAGAGAGAGACGCAUGCCGCAGCUGCAUUAUGGGUAAUGGACUGAGAUUGGACAGUGUUUUAUCUUCUGUUUCACAAACUACAUGAUGUUUCAUCUUUCUGUCUUGGAAAAGUGGUUUUAGGUGUGUUUUUAGUUGUAAAUUGGGUCCAAAAAUAUUUUGCCUCUGAUCUUUUUAGCCUGCACACUACACACAGUUUCAUGUGCGAUCAGCACACACACACACACACACACAGACACACACGUUUGUCUAAUCAUUGUGAUUACCUUCCACUGACAUAAUUAUUAAUGCAGCUAAUUAAUGCUGUGCUACACCUAAAUCUAACCUGAACGUCAGUCUCAGUAACCAAAAGAAAGCCUUUACAUGCUUUUAGUUCUUAAAAAGCCAAAUGUUCCUACAAAAACAAAAUUGUCAGAUAUUCCUAUCCUUGUGGGGACAUUUGGUAUUUCAAUAAAAACUAUUUCUGGUGUUUCUAUGAACCAAAGGUGAAGCUGAAAUUCCCACUAGGUCAUGAAAAUACCUGGAAGCAUAUGGUAUUAAAAUACACAUACCCAAACACACACACACACACACACACACAUUGUCUGAUUAACAUUAUUUCAAUCAUUUGUACAGAAUUAUACUUGUACACAUUUUGUCCAUAUUUGACUCUAAUCAGUGGCGUUAUAUAUUAUUGUGCUACAGCAAACCAAGUCUGCGUCAUUGUUUCCUGGGACAUUUAUUUUUUCACAGUCUUCAGUGCCUUCAUGGUUGCAGUUGUUCAGGUUAUUAUUAAUGCUUCAUUUUUACAUCUAUUCAUUGCCAUUAUGAUCUGUCUGGAUGCAGGAUGCUUUAAAUGUAUAAACCAUACUAUUUAGGGCAAACACUGCAGCUGUGCCCUGUGUGUGUGUUUGUGUGUAUGUGUGUGUGGCGAUUUUAUACAUCUAAUGUCUAUUACCAUUCAUGUAAAUGUUUUUAUAUAAAGGUGUUUCUUUUACUGGUGGUUUUACUCAGGGGAUGAUGGUGUGUUAAGGAUUUGGGGUUUUAAAUAAAUGGUACAGGAUUCAUUAUUUACAGAUAAGUAUAAUAUAUUAGUGUGGUGGCCUGGGAAAACCUGUCGCUAUGGCUGAAACCAUAAAUAUAUUUCACUAAAACGGCAUGGAAAUUUAAAAAAAAAUUUUUUUAUUUACUUUCUAACCUUGCCUUGGCUAUCAUCCUGCGAAGAUCACGUUGGGUAAGGAGAAAACAUUCAAAAUCAUUCAGUUUAGAUAAGUGCCAUUUCCUCACACACUUUGUGAAGGUUACACUUUGAUCAAGUUGUUGGAUAGUUCACAUGUCAUAGUGAAAUGGACAUAAUCCUAAUUAAUUCGGUUUGUAAUCAGCUGUUAAAGUGUCCGUGAUGCUCCCGCGCCACAGUCAGGACGCAAUCUUAAAAUGUCAUUUCCUGCUUUUACGCUUUAGGGUAACCAGACCCUAUAACUGCUAUAACUUUACUUCUGAUUGAGGUAGAUUAGUGUUUUUACAGUGUGACGGUUUAACAUUCACAGUUAGUCACGUUGUAUGAUAGGUCCACUGACCUUUUUCCAAAAGACUGAUUAAAAUGCAAUUCUGUCUAUUUACAUUGACCCCCUAAAUCAUACCUCUGUUUCUCUGCACAGGGGACAUGACUACACUGAAACCCUGUGGCUGGUAUCAGGUUGCUAACUUUAUCAUACAAAAUGUAGCCCUCCACAUGCUACCUUUCCUCCCAGUCACUGUCUCUUUCAGCUUAUAAUUACAAUGAUAAGUACUGACAGUGAGACUUUAUGGAAAAAGCAUUCUUAAAAAAUGUAUAGACAAGGAUGUCCAGUUAAAUUGUAUGACUUUUCUGUGUUUUUUUUUUUUUCUUUUUCUUAAAGGUCCAUAUAAUACUGUGUGUAAUACAUACUACUGUGAAACCAAGAUAUUAGAUUAUAAUGAGAUUAGAAUUAUAAUGAUAUUAGAUUAUAAUACCGUGAACAUUUCAAACCGUAACACCCCAAAUGAGAAACAUAUUACAAUUCAGGACAGUUUUCAGAGCUAUAUAUAGUAGAAAAUAUGAAAAUUUCAUCAUGGGAAAGGUUGUCCCAGGCUGCCAUAAACAUAUAUAUAGACAGAGGAAAUAAUCUUUGCCCUUGACAUGGGGGUCUGUUGUAAUAUUUCUAAUAUUGGUAUUACACCACUGAACCUAUACAGAAUGAAAGGCAUUAAAAGAAAUUUUGCUGUA